UUGGGAAACACUUGCUAGGACAUAAUAAACUGCUGGUCGAUAAUAAACAUUUCAAGCUGAAUGUUGAACCGAAAAUUUUUAUCAACUUUCACAAGUAUUAUAAUUAAUUAGUAAUGAUCAACAAUGUCAAAGGUGAAAAAUGAAAUAAAAAUGACAUAUCAAAAAAACUUUGUUGCUUUGUUAGCAGGGCACAAUCCCUGGAAGAUUGCACCUCGAAAAUCAAAUCUAGAACUAAAAUUUUUAUUUUUUGCAUAAACGAUAGGAUACGGGAAGUAGAAAGGUAUUCAGGGGUUGAAUGAGGUUAUGGUAAGAUGCAUUAAAUACGAUAGGGAAAUAAUGUUGUUUUGUGAAAGAUACAACAACGCAACACUAAGAGAUAAUUUUUUCCUCGUCUUUAAAGAUAUAUUUAAUCCGUGGAAUACCUAAUUAAAAAAAUCAAUCAAAUUUAAAUUCAAUAAUGAAUAAAACCAGCAGGACUAUUGAUGUAACUCUAAAAAUAUCUAUAUCUCAAACAUUGAGAAGCAAGAAGUAGUUCCUCAAGGCUGAGAAUUUAUCGCUGUGUUUUUAGUGAUAAGCUAUUAGUAACUGUUCGGUUUUUACAAAAAAUGGAUGGCUUCAGGUUUCUACUUCUUGGUUGCUGUUUUGUUUUGACGAAAACAACAGGUGACGAAGAACACUUUAAAUUUCCUCCAGAAGGUUACAUUAAAUCAGAGUCAGGAAACCACGAUGGCCCACGACAUGUCAACUUUUCACUUUCAAUUGAAUCAGUCAUACGAAUUGAUGCAACUGCUAUGGAGUUUAUUGUUAACAGUUAUGUGAUCCAAGAAUGGACUGAUGAACGUUUGAAACGUGAUAAUCAUCAUGACAUUGUCCUCCAAGAUGAUACUGACAUUUGGACGCCUGAUAUUUAUUGUUUAAACUGUCGAGAGUCAGCCUUAGGCAAAAGUGGUACAAGAGUGCUUCUUAGAGUCGAUGUUAAAGGAAAGAUAUAUCACAGCCAGCCAGGUCUGUUACAUGCUGCUUGUAAUUUUAACUUCAAAAAAUUUCCAUUUGACGUACAGAAGUGUCACAUGCAGUUUGCUAGUUAUAGCAACAACAACAGCGUGGUUCAAUACAAACUCAAAGGGGUACGGUUUCUUGAUCAAAAAGAUUUGGAGCAAUUUACAAUAAGUAAGGAGAUUGUCACGAAAGAGAAUAUAGUAACAUACAUGUCAGGAAAUUACACCGUCUUACAAGUGCAGUUAAAAUUUACCAGGCAGAUUGGAUUUUACUUGAUUCGGUCUUUUAUUCCGACGGCUAUUCUCGUUUGCUUGUCCUGGAUCAUUUUUUACGUGUCACCAGAAGAAAUCAGCUCUCGACUUAGCAUUGGUAUCACUUUAAUUUUAUCCAUGAUAUUUCUACUUGGCUUCAGUGAUUCUUCAAUACCACGUGUUUCAUAUGUUAAAGCAAUAGACUGGUACCUGAUUGUCUCGUUGAUUCUUAUUGUGCUUGCAGUCUUGGAUGCAAUUGUCGUAUUCUCGUAUCUUAAAGGAGAAAGUCUAACAGAAACUGAAAGACUUGAGGAUUCACGUUUAGAAAAGGCAGAGCAUGAUUUCAACUCUCAAAAAGACGAAUUAGUUGAUUUUACGCGCAAUAAUGAGAACGGAAAUUGUCAAAAUAGAAAACGAAGCUCGCAUGUGGAAAAUAUAAGACUUUGUGAUGGCAAUGACCCUAUAAAGAAGCGCUGUUCCCGACUAAAAGAUCAACAUCGCCGCAAACGGUGUGUCCGAAAAAUUGAAAUCAUUUCGCGAAUUGCAUUUCCAACACUUUUUGUUUCCUUCUCUAUUGCUUAUGGUGUCUAUUUCACCAGUCACAUGCAUGAAUAAUAAAACUACCAUAUCUGAAUGUUUGCUGUUAAAAAAAAUCGAAUCAAAUCUUCUGUAACAGCAGGAAAACCCAAAAGAGUAUUUUUAACUUUAGCAUUUCGGUUAAAGUUAAUAGACUCAUUGAUUAUGCAGAAGAGAAUAAUAUUCAAUUAAAGAACGCCAUGUUAAAAUAUCUGAUUGAAGAAGUUCAGUAUUUUCAUUUGCUAUGAGUUUUUGCUAACUCGAGUAUUUGCAAUGUUUGUUAGUCAUACCAAUUGUUUUGCUUGCAUUUGUCCUAGCAUAUGGACGCGUUAAUAAUAUACUUUGCAUUUUUUGAAGUUUGCAACCAUAGUUUAAGAAACUGGGCAAUUUGCUAAAGAACCUCACACAACAUACUUAUAUAGCGUCGUUGAUAAAACACAGGAUAUUUGACGACAGUAUUGC